CUCUCGGAACGAAUUUCCUUCCGCAUGCUCUCAAACAGUCCUGUCCAGUACAGCCUGUCAGCUGUAAGCAUGAUGGCGGCCGUCAGGAAUUCCGUUCUGACAAUUAACCGAUCUGUUCGAGACAACACCAUACCAAGUCCCGAAUCCAAUCAGACCAUGUACCGGAGCAAAUGUCUGCUUUCUCUUGAGGCCCGUUGCACUGCCUUGAGCGGCACUCCUUACUCCAGAGGGCCCCUGACAUGUCCCAAGCCUCGAUGCAAUGCCGAUGGUUUCUUGCCGACCAUCCGUCUCGACGAGUACUCCCAAGCUCAUGUAUUAAAGCUCUCCAAAGUCCCGCUCUUUCUGCAUCAUCAGCGAUCAACAGUUCCCACUUGACUACUUCCCUCCUAUCAUCUUCCUUUCCGGUUCUACAGCCGCCUGCGAUUGAUUCGUAGCCGCUUACCUUCUUUCUAAUCCAAUUCAAACCUCCGUUUCGACACAAUCCCUACAAGCACCGAUAUGUUUGCCAAGAUCUUCCUCUACGCUCUUGCCGCCUCCCCUCUGGUUGCCGCCCAUGGCAAGAUUGCUGUCAUGACUGGCGAUGCAGGUGGGAACACUACUGCUCUCGGCAUCCUGGGCGGCGUCGUCCCUGGAGCCGGAAGCAAUUCGAAGACAGAGGUCGACACCACGGUCUUCAACCAGAAGGCCGCAAUGACCGAUGGUCUGGGAAAGACGAAGGCUGGAGGAGCUAACACGCUCGCUGGCAUGUCUGCUGUCAUUGCCCAAUCCGGCUCCACCUUACCUCAGGUCUCUCAAGGGGGAUCCAUUUCCGGGACCGUGCACAUUGUCACCACUGAUGGUGCCGGCCCAUACACCGCCAUCGUCGACCCCACGGGAACAGGCGCUUUCUCCCAAGGCACGCAAGCCACGGUCACGACGCAGGUCCCCGGGAAGAACGGGAACAUCGCGGCACCGCAGCAACGCCGCUUCAUCCCGCGCAUGCUGGUCAAGGCGGGCAUCAUGAAGCGCGCGGCCAACGUCAACGAGGACCACCCGUUCGCGGCGACGAUCCCGGCGGGGACGACCUGCACCGGGACCGUGGCCGGCCAGUCCAACGUCUGCCUCGUCAAGAUCGUCAACCCGUCGGGCGCGGGGCCGUUUGGCGGCGUGAUUGCUAUCCAGAUGGCGGGUGCUUCGGCGGGGCUGGAUCCUGUGGGAACGGACUUUAUUUCUUAGUCGCUUGAUCGCCGGGGGAGGCCUGUAUGUAUAGUGCAUGAUUCGAUGCGGAGCAUUCCUUCUCCUCUGGGGUCCCGGCUGCAGGCCAGGUGGGGGAUCCCCGUGUAGACUCGGCAGC